AUGAUCACAACAGAAAUCGAAAUCAAUGCCUCACCAGAGACUGUCCGAAGAGUGCUCCUCGAUUUUCCUAAUAUCAGUAAAUGGCAUACUGGAUUUGUGAAGAGUAUCACACCUUUAGACACCGAAGAUCCCCUUGCCGUCGGCAAAAAACUUCAUUGCGUUAUGAAAGAUUUCGAGUUUGAUUCUAUUAUUACUGCAAGUCCACCUGUUAUGACGGUCUCCGGUCUCCAUUCUUUCCUUGUUGAACCGAGUAAGAGUAGUCCUGGAGGCACGAUAUUCACACAGAUGGAAGAAUACUCUGGAGGUAUUUCGUUCUUGAUGCAGCCUUGGCUUCUGGGAAAAUCUAUCAAGGGCCAAUUUGAGGAACUUAAUACGGAUCUGAAGAAGAAGUGUGAGAGUCCUUGA